AUGGAGGAUCAAAAGCAGACGAGAUUCACGUUUGAGAUAGAUAACUUCUCCGAGAAGGAAGCUUCGAUAUCAUCUCAAAAAUUCUCAAGCGGCGGCUGUGAAUGGUUUGUUAGGGUUCAUCCCAAAGGAGAUAUGUUUGAUGACCACUUGGCUCUGUACCUCUUAGUUGCGAAUCCUCAAUCAUUGAGACUUGGAUGGAAAAGACGAGCUAGUUAUUCCUUCUUUCUGGUGAACCAAUUAGGCAAAGACCUCAUCAAAAUAAAUGAUACGACUUGCCGAUUGUUCUGCGCUCAAAUGUCAGGAUGGGGUAGGUCCAAGGCCGUACCUCUUAAAAAGCUUCAAGAAAAAGGGUUUCUAGAGAAGAACAAACUGAUAGUUAAAGUGGAAGUCAAAGUAGUUGAAGUAGUUGAUCAAGGAGAUGUCACUGGGAAGGAGACAUUUGAUUAUGGUGGUUUCCAAGUCCUUUAUUCUCAGGCUACUUCACUGAGUAAGCUUUUUGCAAAUCACCCGAACGUUGCAGUAAAUGUCAGACAAAAGAACCAACGAGUGAAGACAACAUACAUGAAUAUCCUCCUUGAUCUUAUCGAGACUCUGGACAAGCCUCCACAUAGCAUCUCCGAGACUGAGCUAAGCAACACUCGCAGCGAGUUGAUCGAUCUAACAGAAGCAGGAUUCAAGCUAGACUUUUUGAAGACAAAGCUUGAAGAAGUUUCCUUGGAGAGGAAGAAAACGAAUGCUGCUGAUGAUGAUGGGUCUCGAGUCCAAGAACUUGAGAAGCAAAUCAAGAACCUCAAAGCUGAACUGAACGAGGAGAAGGUCAAAAGUGUUUCUUCUGAUGCUAAAGUUCUGUUGUUUGAGCAGACGGUGUCGGAUCUUAAAGAUGUGGUGACGGGUCUCAAAGAUGAGAUGUCGGAUCUUAAAGAUGUUGUGAAGGAUCUCAAAGAUGAGCUGAACAAGAAUGAAGCCAAAUCUGAUACUUCAGCUGCUAAUGGUUUUUCGUUGUUGAAGCAGACGGUGUCGGAUCUCAAAGAUGAAAUGUUGGAGCUUAAUGGUGGUGUGUCGAAUGAAAUGUCUGAUGUCAAAGAUGACCUGUCGGAGCUUAAAGAUGGGGUGUUGGUGCUUAAAGAUGGGUUGUUGAAUCUCAUACGUAAGCUGAACAAGGAGAAGGACAAGUCUGAUACUUGUGCUGCUAAAGUUUUGUCGUUGGAACAGACGGUUUUGGAUCUUAAAGAUGAGCUGAAAAAGAAUGAGUCAUAUCUCAAAGAUGAGUUGAACAAGAAUGAGGCCAGAUCUGAUACUUGUGAUGCUAAGGUUUUGUCGUUGGAACAGAUGGUGUUGAAUCUCAGAGCUGAUCUGAACAAGGACAAGGGUGUUGUUUGCCCUUGGGAAGUAUUGGAUUAUGAAAAGUAG